CUGAACAAGGGCCUGAGGAGGGUGCGAGAACGACAGAGAGCGAGAAAAUCUUCAUGGUCGUGAGAGGCACAAGUGCUGUGACUGCGCUGUCGAUGUAAAUGCGUGUCACUUGAAGUCCGGCUCGGAGUCCGAUUAUGUACUAAUAUACGAAAUCAUACCAGUACUAGUGCCACUUUGAGCGAACCAUACUGGUACUUACGCAUCAUGAUGCAUCUGUUCCACAGAAUUCAGCCAAGGAGGAUAAUAUCGCUUGCUGCCGGGAUCCCAAGGAGCCUCUUUCACAUUCGUGUGCAGACACGAGCAUUCAAUGCUCAUCAUGACACCUUUUCUUUGCGGUUGGCCAGUAGAAACUACCUGCGGACAAGAAAGUUUUUGCUCAUAUUCUAUGAUACUGGCAGCGUACUGGUUAUAUUUGGAAUGCUCACUGCUGUUGUUCUGCUCGUAUGGACUAUGGUGUCACUCUCGUCUUCCACUUUCCUACGAGUCACUGCGCCAGAUACUUCAACGUCGUUGUUGAAGAGAGCUGUCGAGGUCGUGACUCGCGCAACGACAUAUUCUAGAGUCACGCAUGCUGUUAAUCCAAUUGUGAGUUAAUUGCAAUGCAUAUGCAUCCCUGGCUUGACCGUUCCACUAAAACACCUACCGCUGAUUCUACUCUCCCUUUGCAUCAGUCAAAUUGUGCAUGA